AUGGUGAAGGAUCUCAGCAGCACCCCAGCCUGUGAGCUGGACAAGUUUAUAAAUGAUCACCUCCUUCCUGAUACCAGCUUCCAUGAUGAGGUCAGAGAAGACAUCGAAGUCAUAAGUGCUUUCCUGAAGGAGAGAUGCUUCCAAGGUGCCGCCCACCCUGUGCGGGUCUCCAGGGUUGUGUUGGGUGGCUCCUACGACGAACACACUGCACUCAAGGGCAGGUCAGAGGCCAACCUGGUGGUGUUCUUUAGCAAUCUCACCAGCUUUGAGGACCAGUUAAAUCUACAGAGAGACUUCCUUGAGGAAAUUCAGAAACACCUGUGCCAGCUGGAGCAAGAAAAACAAUUUAAAAUGAAGUUUGAGGUCCAGCGCUCAGAGCAGCCCAACUCCAGGUCUCUGAGCUUCAAGCUGAGCUACCCUCAGUUCCAGCAGGAGGUGGAAUUUGAUGUGCAGCCAACCUAUGAUGCCCUGUAUAAACAGAGAAACAACCACAAGCCUGACACUCAAAUCUACUCGGAAACCUAUGCCCGCCUCAUCAGUGUGUGCACCACCCUGAAGAAGGAAGGUGAGUUCUCCAACUGCUUCAUAGAGCUCCAGCAAAAUUUCCUGAAGCACCGGAAACCCAAGCUGAAAAGACUCAUCCUUCUGGUCAAGCACUGGUAUCAACUGUGUAAGGAAAAGCUGAGGGACCCGCUGCCCCCACAGUACGCCCUGGAGCUGCUCACAGUCUAUGCCUGGGAGUGCGGGAGUAGAGACUGUGAUUUCAACACAGCCCAGGGCUUCCGAACUGUCUUGGAACUGGUCACCAAGUACAAGUUGCUUCAAAUCUACUGGACAGUGUAUUAUGACUUUCGGCACCAGGAGGUCUCCAACUACCUGCAUGGACAGCUCAAAAAAGCCAGGCCUGUGAUCCUGGACCCGGCUGACCCAACAAGAAAUGUGGCCGCUAAAAACCUACUGGGCUGGUGGUCGCUGGCAAAAGAAGCUUCUAGCUGGCUGCAGUGCUCGUGCUUUAGGAACUGUGAUAUGUCCCUUGUGGGCUCCUGGGAUGUGCCGAUGAGCGUCAAGUUUCCACAGGACUGUGUCCUUCUAUGA